AUGAAAGCAGGAGACAUUUAUAUGAAUUCAUUUACUUCGGCAGCCUUUGUUUCAAAUCCUUCCAAUUAUACAAUUGAUAAUUUAACUUUAUCGUUAAUUAGUCCUCGAGAAAUUGUUCCAUUUUACAAUAUUUCAUCAUCGAAUUGUAGUUUAAAAACAAUAUUUCCAUUUACAACAUGUUCAAUCGAUUUCAAUAUUCAAUUUAAUCAAAGUGGUUCGGGAUAUCUAGUUUUUACAUUAUCAAACGAAAUUAUCACACCGGCAAUAUUAACUUUUCCUGUUCAUGUUAUUAUUGAUCGAGCUGAAUUCGAACUUAAUCCAUCAUCAUCAAACUUUAUUGUUUCACGAAAUUCUCAACAGACACUUGUGAUUACAAUUAACAAUACGGGAUCUUUCCGUCUCGGACCCUUAGUCAUUCUUUUACCCGAUCAAACAUAUAUAUAUUUGAUAACACCAAAUAUUUCUACAAUAGAAAAAUAUGGUAAUGCUAGUUUUACUCUAGCUAUUCAAAUAUCGGAUUCAGCUCCAUUGAGUAUAUUUACUUUACGAGGUAUUAUUCGUGAUAAUACUUAUUUGAUUACUCACUCAUUUACCAUACAAUUGACAAUUGUCGGUAGUAAUGAAACAUUAUUCGACUUAAAUAUUGUAUGCAAAGAUGAAUUUUCCUAUUUUGGUAAUAAUCUAUUGAAUCUAGCCAAUGUAACGAUUACUUUAGUUAAUUAUGAUCUAAAUGUUAAAUAUGUAUUUCAAAGUAAUGAGACAGGACAAGCAACUAUAUCACUUGUAGCAGGCACGUAUGAGAUCAGUGCUCAAGCUCGCAAUCAUUCAUCUUAUAGAAAUGCUGUUACAGUCGAUCGAAAUAUGGCAUCAAAUAAUGAAUUUCUUAUUUUUCUUCAACGCAUUCUCGUCUCGUAUACAUUUAAAGUGACACAAGUUUCUGUCGAUCAAACUUACAUUAUAACAUUGGACGCUCAAUUUGUGGCCUAUGUUCCUGCACCUGUACUCGUUGUUUCACCAACGACAAUCGAUCUUAACGAACUUGAGACUAAACAAGGUAUCACUCAACUUGAUUUUACUUUUACUAAUUAUGGUCUCAUUCGACUUAAUGAUUUACAAUUAUCUUUGCCGAUAUCUCAUCCAUUUCUGAGAUUUUCCGUUCAGCAAUUACCUAUUGGUAAUAUUGAAGCUAAUUCAUCGAUUAUUGUAUCACUUGCUAUCGAACAUUUAAAUGUAAGUCGAAGUAAUAGAACAACAGAAACUAUCUGUAGUUUGAUAAUACCAUUUUUUGGUUUUUAUAUUUGUGAUACAAAGCAUUUUGUUGGUGGAGUAAUUCUAUUUACAAAACUAGGCUGUGGUGUAGGAGAUUUCUGGGGAGAUGGAGGUUAUGGUGGUGGUCUUAUCGAAGGAACAAUAACUUAUUACCCUCCUAUCAAGUUGGUAGAAUUGUCUUGCGACAAUUGCAUCACCAGCAUUCUUAAUUGCAUAAUUUCAUGGACACCAUAUGCAUCAAUAACGAGAACCGCAAUUGAUAUCAGUGAGUAG